AUGAGGUUUAGGAGUUCUUCCCAUAGCUUAAAACAUGUUGACAGAGAAUUAAAGGAGUUGAUUAAUUCGUCCGAGAAUGCCAAUAAAUGCGGUGAAUGUGGUAAUUUCUACCCAACUUGGUGCUCAGUUAAUUUGGGGGUUUUCCUUUGUGGUAGGUGUGCCUCUGUUCAUAGAAAAGUUUUCGGUAGCAGAGACGACGAUGCCUUUUCUAACGUUAAAUCACUAUCAAUGGAUAGAUGGACAAGAGAGGAUAUCGAUGAAUUAGUGAGUCUUGGAGGCAAUAAGGGGAAUGCUCGGUUCUGGAAUCCUAAAAAUGUCCCUUUUCCUUUUGAUGGAGAUGAUGACAAAGCCAUCGUGGAGCAUUACAUUAGAGACAAGUAUAUUUUGGGUAAAUUCAGGUAUGAUGAAAUAAAGCCUGAAGACUUUGGAUCCAGAAUGGAUGAUUUUGAUGGGGAAUCGGACAGGUUUGAUGAAAGAAAUAGAAGUAGGAGCAGGAGCAGAUCUCAUUCUUUCUAUAAAGGGGGCCAUAAUAGGUCUGACUACGGCGGUUCCAGGGACUCAUUCCAAAGCAGUGGAAGCAGAUAUUCUAGGCAACUGGCAGAACUCAAGGACAUGGGUUUCGGUGAUACAAACAAAAAUUUAGAUGCAUUAUCGUCCGCUCACGGAAAUAUCAAUAGAGCAAUCGAUUAUCUAGAAAAAAGUUCAAGUUCAAGAAAUAGUGUAUCGGCAGCAGCGACAACAUCAACUCCGCCCCUGCCCAGGAGACGUGCGACAACAAGUGGCCCACAGCCAGCUAUUUUUGAUGGUACAAAUGUAAUCACGCCAGAUUUUACUUCAAAUUCAGCAUCUUUUGUACAAGCAAAGCCAGCAGUUUUCGAUGGUACCCUUCAACAGUAUUACGAUCCUGCUACCGGAAUGAUAUAUGUAGAUCAGCAGCAAUACGCCAUGGCUAUGCAACAGCAGCAACAGCAACAGCAACAGCUUGCUGUCGCACAGGCUCAGGCUCAGGCACAGGCACAGGCACAGGCUCAAGUUCAGGCUCAGGCUCAGGCUCAGGCCCAGGCUCAGGCUCAAGCACAGCAGAUCCAGAUGCAACAGCUUCAGAUGCAGCAACAGCAACAGGCGCCAUUAUCUUUUCAGCAAAUGUCGCAAGGAGGAAACCUGCCACAAGGUUAUUUCUACACACAAUAA